AUGUCUUGCGAAACUAACUGUGGAGAGUGCCCGGCCCGGGCGCAGUGCUCGAUAAGGAACACGCCGGGCGAGCCCAGCGCAAUCGAAAAGAAGUUUGCAGGGAAAAACGUAAUAGGCGUGAUGAGCGGAAAGGGAGGAGUCGGAAAAAGCACGAUCGCUGCCUGCAUAGCGCACCAGAUAUCAAAGGCCGCGCGCACGUGCAUAAUAGACAUGGACAUUGCAGGGCCCAGCAUUGCCCGGGUGACUGGCGUGGAGUGCUCGCAGGUGAUUGCGGAAACGCUGGUCCCGUCCCGCACGGGCAGCCUCGACGUUUUUACGCCGGAGGAGAAAGGCGGAUACAGAAAGGGGGCGGAGGUCCUGGGGUACUUGGAGAAGAUCCAGGUUGGGGAGUACGACGUCAUUGUGAUGGACACGCCCCCUGGGACAUCGGACGUGCACAUUGCGCUGGCCAAGCACGUCCCAAACCUAAAGGUGGUGCUUGUGAGCACCCCGCACAAGCUGAGCGUUGCGGACACGAACAGGCAGAUCUCGUUCUGCCAAAAGUCCGGGCUGGAAAUAGUGGGCGUUGUGGAGAACAUGAGCGGAUACAAGUGCGGCAACUGCCAUCAUGUGUCGGCGCAGGACAGAGGAAGCGCCCGGCUGAAUCUGGACAGGAGCGUCCCGGCAAUUUCCGUGCCAAUUUCGCAAGGAAUCGCCAAGGGGGCGGACAGCGGGCUGCUGGCGGAGCUGGAAAAGCACAUAAAUAUUGAGAAGUUGAAAAUUUUUACCAAUGCAACAGGCGAACCGCGUGCUGAGCCAGCCGAUGGAAAUGAUAAAUAG